UUCACCUUCUUCGUCAACUUAUGGAGAAGUAUAGAGAUGCUCAUAAGGAUCUGCAUUUGGUGUUCAUUGACUUAGAAAAGGCAUAUGAUAGGGUACCUCGAGAAGUUCUUUGGUGGGCCUUAACUAGGAAAGGCAUAUCACGCAAGUAUAUCAGCAUCAUCAUGGAUAUGUAUGAGGAUUGUACUACAAGUGUUCGUACUAGUGUAGGGAGGACUGAAGAGUUCCCUAUUACUAUCGGAGUGCACCAAGGAUCGGCCUUGAGUCCUUUCUUAUUUGCCAUAGUCAUGGAUGAACUUACGAAGUCAAUUCAAGAUGAUAUACCGUGGUGCAUGAUGUUUGCCGACGAUAUUGUAUUGAUUGAUGAGACGCAAUCAGGUCUUAAAGCAAAGUUGGAAGUAUGGCGACAAACAUUGGAGAAUAAGGGUUUCAAACUAAGUCGGAGCAAGACAGAGUACAUGGAGUGCAAGUUUGGUGGAGGUAGAAGUAGUGGUAAUAGCGGAAUUACUCUGGAUGGUAAGGAGAUACCAGUCAGCGAUAUGUUCCGUUACUUGGGCUCCAUAAUUCAGAAGGACGGUGAGUUAGAGGGAGAUGUAUCCCAUAGAAUCAGAACAGGGUGGAUGAAGUGGAAGAGUGCGUCAGGAUUUCUAUGCGACCGAGGUAUGCCGACUAGACUGAAGGGUAAAUUUUAUAGGACAGCAAUUAGGCCUGCAUUACUGUAUGGCGUAGAGUGUUGGGCGGUGAAACAAUGUCACAUUCAAAAGAUGAGUGUGGCAGAGAUGCGCAUGCUGCGUUGGAUGUGUGGGCAUACUAGGAAGGACCGCGUGAGGAAUGAGACAAUCAGACAAAGGGUGGGAGUAGCACCUAUUGAAGACAAGAUGCGGGAGUCGCGCCUACGGUGGUUUGGUCAUGUGCGUAGAAGACCGAGUGAUGCACCUGUUAGGCGAGUUGAGAUGUGUGGAGAAGAGGCAGGGAAGAGAGGGAGAGGAAGACCCAAACAGACAUGGGUUAGGGGAGUUUGAAGUGAUAUGCUUCUUCUGGGGUUGGAUGAGGGCAUGACUUUGGAGAGAACUAAGUGGAGGGCGGGUAUUCACGUGAAGGAGUGAUCUUGAUAAUCUUUUUCCCUCG